AUGGUGGUAUUCCAGCUGGACGACCUGGAGGUAUUCUUCCCCUACGACUACAUAUACCCGGAGCAGUAUGCUUACAUGCGCUACUUGAAGAAGACGCUGGACAGCGAGGGGCACUGCGUGCUGGAGAUGCCAACAGGCACGGGGAAGACGGUGGCGAUUUUCUCCCUGAUAACGUCCUAUCAGUAUGGGAAGAAUGACGAGGGUAAGUUCAUUUUUUGCACGCGGACGGUGGCCGAGAUGGAGAAGUCGCUGAUCGAGCUGAAGAAGGUCAUCCAGUACCGAGUGGACACGGUGCGCCGGCGCGGGGAGGGAGGAAGCGGAGUGGGAAGCGGUGCGGAGAAGGUGGGUCGAGCCGAGGAUGAGGCGGGGCAACGGGAAAACGAACGGGGGGAGGAUCAAACGGGGGGCCAAACCGCCGCUAACGCGGAUAAUCGCGGCAAUGGGGGCUGUAGCGGGGAUAUCCUAGCCAUCGGAAUCAGCGCGCGGAGGUGCAUGUGCGUGAACGAACGGGUGCUGCGGAAGCACGAGCGGGAGAAGAUCGACGAGGAGUGCCGCAAACUCACGGCGACCUUCGUCCGGGAGAAGAAGUACAUCAACCAGAAGAUAAACAAAUUGGGGAGCGCACACUCGGAAAGAAUCUCAGAUUUUAUCAUGAAAAAUAGACAACACAUAGACGUAGAGGAUUAUUUCGACAUCUACAACACGAGGAACACUCUGAAGGAAUACGAUGACAUAGGGUUAUGUGGUUACUAUGAGAACUACAAGAAGGAGUUUCUCUUAGAAAUGAUUCAGCCAGGUGUCUACACGAUUGAAGAUUUGAAGGUGAUGUGUAAGGGGUACAAGAAUGCGGAGAAUGCGAACGUGCCGAUCUGUCCUUACUUUUGUGCGAAGAAGAUUAUCGAGGUGGCCAAAGUGAUUGUCUUAAAUUACCAGUACGUAAUUGACCCGAAGGUGUCGAAAUCGCUGUAUAUUGGAAGGGACGUAAACAACCGGGUGAAUCUGCAAAAAAACGACAUCAUCGUGUUUGAUGAGGCGCACAAUAUUGACAGUGUCUGUCUGGAGGCACUCAGUGUGAACAUCGAUCGGAACAUCCUGAACAAAGCGACUGCGAAUAUUAAAAAACUUCUCAGCAAGAUCGAGACGUCUAAAGUUGUGAACGAGGAGAAGCUGCGGGAGGAUUGCAGCCGCAUUUUGCAGCGGCUUCGGGCGCAGCGGGGGGGAGAAGUCAAGAAAGAUGCUUCCAUGGAAGCCGUUGCAGAGGGUGCCACAGACGCUGCAAACGCCGCUGAACACGCCGCUGAAAACGCCGGGAUAGAGCUGCCCUCGAGACGAAGCAACGGCGUGCUGGGCGACGCGAGCCGAGGAGGGGAGACUUCCAAGAGGAGGAAGACCGAAGAGAGUAAAGCGGGAGAGGUAUACUUUGAUGAAGACCUAAAUUUGAUUUUCCCCGGGGGGGCGAAUCGGACUGAAGUGGAAGACGAUGCGUCUUUGGGGGAAGAGAAGCAGGCGAAGGGAGGGGGGGAAGGGGGUCUACUGGAGGGGUUGGAGAAGUUACUGGGCCAGUCAAUUGGGCAGCUAAUCCCAUUGGGAAGAAAGGACCAGACUGCUGUUAGUAGUGGUCUCUUUCCCGAGGGGAGCAAGAACUCCCUCCCUGAUGGUAAUAGCGGAGGAGACGACCCAACGGAUCUCCAUUACAGCCCCUUGCUAAUGGAAGACAUUAUAAAAAAUGUCGUGAUUCCAGGAAACAUCCGAAAAUCGGAGCACUUCCUAAAUCUGAUGAGAAUAGUCGUAAUGUAUCUGAAGAAGUAUGUCAAUAUCUACGAGAUAACAUCGGAAGGUCCACUGUCCUUUCUGUAUAAAUGUGAAAGGGAGACCAAACUGGACACGUCUUUCUUUAAGUUCUGCUUUGAUCGGCUGAAAUCCAUUUUGAAUGCGCUGCAGAUAGUGAAUGUGGAAGACUACUCGGCAUUAAACAUCGUGUGCAAUUUUUGCACCCUUCUGGGGAGCUAUUUCCAGGGAUUUAUCAUCAUAUGUGAGCCUUAUCCGGAAGCCACCGGGAUUUAUGACCCAGUCAUUCAGUUCGCGUGUCUGGACUCCUCCAUAGCAAUGAAGUCAGUUAUUAAGAAAUACAAAUCGGUUGUUCUUACCAGUGGGACAAUCACCCCGUUGGAGUUAUACCCUAAGCUGCUAAACUUUAAGACGGUAUUGACAGCGUCCUUCCCGAUGUCCUUCGAUAGAAAUUGUGUCUGCCCGCUGAUAGUCACCAAAAGUUCGGAUCUGGUCCCUUUAUCCUCUCAGUUUUCUCUCCGAAGUGACAUAACGGUGAUAAAGAACUACGGCAUGCUGCUCGUAGAGAUGUGCAAAACCAUUCCAGAUGGGAUCGUUGCUUACUUCCCUUCUUACAUCUACAUGGAGGAGGUUAUCUCCUCUUGGUACGAACUCGGAAUCAUCACAAAUAUCCUCGAUUAUAAGUUAAUCUUUAUUGAGACGAAGGAUAUCGUCUCGACAACAAUUGCCCUGCACAAUUUUAAGAGAGCAUGUGAUUUGGGGAAAGGGGCUGUCUUCCUCUCAAUCUGUCGUGGGAAAAUAGCAGAAGGGAUUGACUUCGACAAACACUAUGGCAAGUGUGUGAUCCUUUUUGGUAUCCCCUAUCAGUAUACCCUAUCGAGGAUCCUCAAAUCGAGACUAGACUUCCUAAAAGAGACAUACAACAUACAAGAGAAUGAAUUUCUGACCUUCGAUGCGAUGCGUCAGGCUUCCCAAUGUGUCGGGCGUAUUAUACGAAACAAGAAGGACUAUGGGAUUAUGAUUUUUGCGGACAUUCGAUACGCGCGUAAUGACAAGAAGAGCAAGCUCCCUCCUUGGAUCAUCAAAUGUAUGGAUAUGUCCAAUGUGAAUCUCACCGUUAGCACGGCUGUGAAUAUAUCGCGGAAGUUCCUUCUAAAUAUGUCUCAGGAGUAUAAGGAGACGGGCCAGACGAAGCUCUCACAGGAGCUCAUCUGCAACCAGCCCAAGUGCUGGGCCCUGGUCAAGUCGGUGCUCAACAUGGACGAUUUUAUAUGA